AUGGUUAUAGCUGCGAGUCUGCCUCGAGUUGAUCCUAACCGGAUGUCAGAAAUGUCAUCCUCGCGUAAUGUCAAUGACUUACAGCGCUUAGUCAAUGAUCAGCAGGAACGUUUAAAUGCGAUAGCAAAUCAAAUGGAGAAUGUUGUACAAAUUGUUGAGACGAUUCGACGAGAACAACGUGAACAAGCAGACGACGUUGCUGGACAGCUUCGGGAUUUCGGUAGACAACUCUCGGAAAUCAAAUCAGCUCAAUUAAACAAUCAGGCGAGUGUAGCAAAAGGCAUGAAGUCAAUGACCGAACGUAUCUACUCCAUCAUGGUUGAGUUGGAUGAACUGAAGAAGGCUCGUGAAGGUGAUGUUGUGGAUCUAAGUCGUAUGAAGAAGGUGGUCAAGGAUAUCGACACUCGAACAAUGCUCUCAGGUAUCAGUUUGAAUGGAAAUGGGGAAGAUAACAACGGGCAGCCAGGGGAUGUCAAGGUCAAAAUUGAUGGACGUGAUUUCUGUGAACCAUAUCCCUCGUCUAGGUCUUCGAAACCCCCAACAGGUCAUCGAUAG